GAAGUGCAUGAAGAGGUGCUCGCCGCUCAGAAGAAAGAAGCGGAAGAGUACAAGGAAGAAGCGGAACACGCUGUCGCCGAAGCCGAGCACGAAGACGAUCAUCCCGAAGAGCAUGUCGAUUCGCAUGCCUCGCAUGGCGACUCGCACGGGCACGGGCAUGCUGGUCCGGAACAGUUCGUCGAUGCUCCACGCAACACGCAAAUCUUCUUUGGCAUCUAUUACAUGAUGACCGGCCUGCAUGGUUUUCACAUCCUCUUUGGAAUGGGAGCUAUCGGCUGGCUGUUAUAUCGAUCGAUUCGCGGUGACUUCAGCAGCGAAUACUUUGGUCCUGUUGACUACGUCGGGCUCUACUGGCACUUGGUCGACUUGAUCUGGAUUUACUUGUUCCCGCUGCUCUACCUCAUUCGCUCCUAA